GUAGGAAUAUAUUUCUCUUCCACGUCAAAUAAUCGCUAUCUUUUAGUGCUUGCGUAUUAAUUCUGAAAUUGCAUUUAAAGUGCGCUGAAGAGCUUGAAAAUGGUUUCUAUACUGAACACAAUAGAUACCGGUCAUGAAGAUAUGAUCCACGGUGCCGAGGUGGAUUAUUUUGGACUUAGAUUAGCAACAUGUUCGUCGGACAAUUCUGUAAAAAUUUUCGAUAUUAAAAGUGGGGCUCAAUCCCUGGCGGCGGAUUUGAAAGGACAUGGAGGACCAGUUUGGCAGGUAGCAUGGGCUCAUCCGCGAUAUGGCAAUAUUCUUGCAUCCUGUUCAUACGACCGUAAAGUCAUAAUUUGGAAAGAAGCUGGCCCUGGCGAUUGGACUAAGUGGUUUGAAUACAGUAACCAUGAUUCAUCAGUGAAUUCUGUAGCUUGGGCUCCGCCAGAGUAUGGACUUAUUUUAGCCUGUGGAAGUUCAGAUGGUUCUGUUUCGAUUCUCACCGCUAAUAUCGAGGCAGGAACAUGGGAUUCCAAGAAGAUUCCCAAUGCUCACAGCAUAGGGUGCAAUACUGUAAGCUGGUGUCCGUCAACGGCACCGGAACCGGCGUUCGACCAACGAACCAGCAAAGCUAACUUGGCCGUUAAACGUUUAGUCAGUGGAGGUUGCGAUAAUUCAGUUAAAAUUUGGAUAGAAGAUGGUGACCGUUGGGAUGAAGAAAAACGUCUCGAAUUGCAUUCCGAUUGGGUUCGAGAUGUGGCCUGGGCUCCCAAUGUAGGUUUGCCUAGACACCAGAUUGCAAGCUGCUCUCAAGAUCGUCGGGUUAUCAUUUGGAGCAGUGAUGAUUUACAAAACUGGCAAUCGACUAUUCUCAACAGCUUCGAUGAUGUUGUCUGGAAUGUGAGCUGGUCUUUGACAGGUAAUAUCCUAGCCGUAUCCGGUGGAGACAACAAAAUAAGCCUAUGGCGUGAAAACAACGAAGGUCAAUGGAACUGUAUUAGCGAAGACACAAAUGCCGGAUCGGUUCAAUCACAUCAGCCUCAGGGUGCGUUUGUUCCUGAGCAACGAACUCUGUAAUCAUUAAAUCUGUUCAUGAUAUAACUUUAAAGAAAGAUCCAAUAAUAAAGUAUUUUACACAUUA